AUGGGCGAAGGUGGCCUGGCGCUAAUGUCGACAAGCAUCUUGUCGUCGCUUUUCGACGAACGAUCGCGCACAACGCGAGACGCUGGAGAAGACCGGAUGGUUAGCGAGUUCCACCGGUUAACGCUCAACCUUCGCCAUGCGUUUGUCUUUGACGUCAAUUGGGGUCAUACAUGCUUAGUCGAGCUACAUUACAAGCGAGAGCAUGACGGCAUGAAGUUGUCGAAACCGGUCUAA